AUGCCGAGCGCAACAGCCUCGGGCGCCGACUCAGGCGGCGGCGCCCGCAACCGCGAGCACAACCAGGGUAACCAGGCCCGCGCCUACACGGUCGACCAAAAAGCCGCCGUCCUGCGGAUCCGGAAAUGCUCGCCGACGGCCUUUUACGACAUCCUCGGCCUCGAGGAGGUGAAGACGACGGUGACGGAGAGCGAGAUCAAGAAGGCGUACCGCAAGCAGUCGCUCCUGACCCACCCGGACAAGAACGGCCACGAGCACGCCGACGAGGCCUUCAAGAUGGUCAGCCGCGCGUUUAGCGUGCUGGGUGACAAGGAGAAGCGCGAAAAGUUUGACCGGUUCGGUACGGACCCCGAUUCGAGAUUUGGGCAGGCACAGGCGCAGAACCCGUUUAGUGGAUUUGGUAGGCGGCAAGGCGGCGGAGGGGGAGGAGGUGGUGGCGGCGGCGGUGGUGGUGGGAUGGAGGAGAUGACGCCUGAGGAGAUGUUCCAGCGCUUCUUUGGCGGUGGUGGGUUUGGUGGUGGACCUUUCGGAGGCGGAGGUUUCGAUACGGGACCUCAGUUCGUGUUCAACUUUGGCGGCGGUCCGGGUUUCAGGGUACACCAGUUCGGCGGAGCGCGGCCGCGGAGGAGACCGCGCGAGGCGACGGAGCAAGAAGGAGGCGGGCUCUCGACGCUCAUGGGCCUGCUCCCGAUCCUGCUUCUCUUUGUCUUCCCGCUCAUCUCCAGCCUCUUUAGCGGUGGCGGCCCCGCGACGCCGAGCAUCGUCUACGACAACCCCAAGGGCGCCUACACGCUGGGGCGGACGACGCCCAAGCUUAACGUCAAGUAUUUUGUUAACCCCAAGGAGGUUGAGUCGUUUUCCAAGGGGAAGCUCAGCCAGCUGGACCAGACGGCGGAGAACAACCUGGUCAGGACGCUGCGGUUCGAGUGCGAGAAUGAGAUGAUGGCAAGGCAGAGGAUGUACGAUGCGGCGAGCGGGUGGUUCUUCCAGGACCCGGAUAAGAUGCGCAGGGCGGACGAGUUCGAGAUGCCUUCGUGUAAGAGACUGGAGACGUUCCGUGUGGGCAGGUAA